UGGUUAGGUUAUUUAUCUAUGUUCAACUAGACGGUUUAGAAUGUGUAGUGUGGCUUUUUCUAGUUGCAUCGUAAGAAUGGAAGGUUAUAUUGACUGCUGCGUUGGGCGCGUUUGGCAUAGUGGUAAUUCCCCAUGUUAACGGAUUUCGAAUGAUGCGUUUCGUAAGAGCAGGCAUACCUAAAUACUUUGUUUCGAUGGCCAUUAGAAAACGGGCUUUUCGCAAAGGUGCCUAGUUUUUUUUUUUGCUUGGUCACUGAAAAUCAAUGCAACUAAAAUAGGCUUGUCAGCCGCUACAGCCGCAGCUAUCAGUAAACGAUGUUGGUGGCAAUGAUACGAUUUUCAAAACUGUAAUUUUUGUCUACAUCGGUUUUGUGUUAUGUCGUUUAGCAUUGAUCUGAGUGAGUUUUUGAGGGGAGAAUACGCUCGCAUUGCCAGCUCCCGAUAGUUCGUGGUCAUCCAUUCUACAUACUUGCGUCGUUGAGCUUAAUGCUUUGUGUCCUGUUCGUUGGCAAUGUAGUACUGGACGGACACUCGUGUUCCACAUUACAUCUGUGAUAUUGACAAGUGGAAGCCAUUAAAAAUUGUUGGAUGAUUCAAGCUUACCGGUUUACAUUCAGCUCGUAUAAACGUCAGACUAAUUAUAUGAUUGCUAUGGAUGCGGUUACUGUGGUAGACUUCCUCGGAUAUGAGUAGCGGUCUAAUAGGGUACCGAAAUGCUAACAUCGAAGCAGCGCUCGCUGUCGGACGCUUCAUUUGGUCCCCGAAAUGUGGACAGUGGUGAUGUGACAAGUCACAAAGACGAUUCCAGGCCGGCUGACGGCAGCUGUAGCACCACGAUGAAUGCUCCACUUGAUGUGGAACUGUACACCAUCCGGAACGUGCUUCGGCUGCCUAUCGGUGUGACCAUACAAAAGGCUGUCUCGCACUCGACUCAUUCAAGAAUAGCGAUCGCAGCACUCUGCUCGAAUGGGACGGUAAUCGCGUUCACCGAGCACAAUGGACGGCGUCGCAUCAAGCAAUGGCGAGCUGGAGACAGUGAAAAUCUGCGACUAUUGCUGGAUCCAUCAUGUCACAAUGUGGUGCUUAUAUCGUCAUCUGGGGUCAUACAGCUUCUGGCCCUCGUCACUUCGCCCGCUGUGCAGCCUUUUCAGACACUCCAGGGAGAGGUAGUGUUCUCAAAGCAUGCCAAAGGAUCGGCCCUAACAGAUGCGUGCUGUUGGGAGACAUGCACGGGCGUUCCAAUGGUUAUACUGGGCUUUGAGAAUCGCGAUCUGCUGUUUGUGGAGAUUUCGACGGGAGAAGUUCUAUAUCGAACGACUUCACCAUUGCCAAUUGAUUCGAUUUUGGUGUGUCAUUCGGACUAUCAUCGACAUCGGCGUCUUCUUGUAGUGCAGACCUCUUUCGGACAAAAAACGCAUUUGUGCAUCGAGAGCAGAAGCGAGCCCCGCAUUGUGUUUCCACCUGAUCACCGAGUGGUAUUCUUGCCAUUGGGGAAGUUCAACGUCGAUGUGGAACUCUCCAGCCAGGGUGACCUUGUCAAAGCAUUUAACAAAAGGACGUCGACACUUUCCGUGUACGAUAGUGACGUGCUUGUGGGGGAACCCACGCAUGUUAUCGAUCUUUCCGAAAAAUUCAAGUUGCCAAAAAUGACAGCAGGAUCAUUAAUCGUGAUGUGGCAGGACUUAAUGUAUAUUUCUUCUGAAACUAAACUUUAUCUCCUUUCACAGCCGCCAGCCAGCAUUACCUCGAAGAAGCAGCAGCAGCACCAGCAGCAGCAGCAGGAUAAGGUUUCCCCGUUGUUAGCUGAAUACAAUAUGCAAGCGUCAAUUGUUAACACCCACGCUUCGCUUUAUGCGACGCCAGAUGUCACUGAAGCCAAAGAAAAUGGAUGCAGUUCCGUAGAUAUUGUCCCACCCGCAGUGUUCGUUACAACACGAGAUUCAAUUCAGUUACUCGCCCCAGCGUGCAGCCUUCAAAAAGCAUUUGUUCAGCUCGCGACGGAGUCCAGUACUGCUCAGUGUGAACAUUUUAUUAACCUCUUUCCACGCCUGUCGCCCUUACGACUCUAUGAAAUGGCGGCCGAAAUUGAACUUCGACGAAACAAUUUUACGAAGGCCAUCAAACUGUACCAAACCUCCAAGUGCGGUCAACUGAAGCGCAUCGCACAUUUCGUUUCGUCAGGAUCACUAGCGGAGUUGCUAGCCUAUUCGCAGGUCGUUUUUUCAACCCGCUGCCACGAGCUUCAACAGGUUGACCGACCACAUCUCGCCAAUUUCGCCGUUCUCUGUUUUGUGCACCAACUACUCGAGAAGCAUGAUCAGCGAGAGGUUAUAACGAAUGCAUUCAGGACAUUUCUAGUCGACAACGUAUACUACAGUGAUAUCGUCGUUAUUCGGACGUUGUGCAAUUUUAAGCUUUACAGUCUGCUGAGUUAUUUUUCACGACUGCAUAACCAGCUCGCGCUGAUGGCCGACUUUCUCUUCAAGAACCUUCAAGGACCGUCUGACACACAGGUCUGUCAAAGUUACAGCGCCGCCACGCUAAAACAGGAACAAACCGCCAUUCAGGAAUGUCUUACGGGUCAUCCGGAAAUGGUCCUUGCUCUUUGCACGAGUCCUGGUCUACUCGCUCGUUAUCUAAGAACCUGUUGCGAUCUUCUACAGAUCUCUGACUGCACCCACAAACUAGCCGCCCUAUUCGAUCCGUCCAAACCGUGCAAUAAACUCGCCAUACGAAAGCUUUUUCUUACGCCAAAAAGGCAACGUUGUGCCAAAUCUGAAACAUCGCUGAUCUCAGCGGAUUCGCUCGACGCCUCGUCUCUCGACGCGUCCGAUGAUCCAUCGUUGGUAUCCGAGCAGGACGUCCUUAAACUUUUUCUUUUCGUUCUGCUGCUCCUUAAUCGAAAUGCAGCACAAGAACAAAACGAUAUCAGCAAUGGUAAUGCCUUUAAUGGCGAAGGGCAUAGUAAUAACUGGGAACAUAAUAAUAAACCAGAAUUCCAGUCGGCGCUUAUCAGAGUGUUUGAGUUCCAUCCGCAGCCAUCGCGAGCCAUCACCCCAGUUGGCAUUCAUUUGGCGGCCGGACCUUCGUAUGCGGCGUUGUGUGCCCGCGGCAAAGCCUACGUCUGGGGAACAAACCGCGCUGGACGCUUCGGCGAAGGUGAGCCUUCGUUUGGCGAAACGAUAAGCCCACAACGAGUGUCGUAUCUGGACCUACUUCGUGUGAAUGUCACACAGGUGGCGUGCGGCACCAUGCACACGCUGUUUCUUACAGACCACGGGGUAUUUGCAUCAGGAGCAUCAAACUUCGGACAAUUGGGCCUUGGUUUAGAAGUUCGCCGUUCUCAGCAUCCUCAGUUAGUGGAGGCUUUUCACGAACAUUCGGUUAAACAAGUUGUUUGCGGGGCAUACCAUUCGAUGGCUCUUACGCACGCGGGCAAAGUGUUUUGCUGGGGCUGGGGUGUUCACGGCCAGUUAGGCCAGGGUUCUACAAAUGAUUAUUUUCUACCAGCCGCUGUGAAGGGUUUCCCAGCGACGCCUAUUCAGGUAGGUGCCGGGGGAGCUCAUUCCAUCGUUUUGUGUCACGAUGGCCGUGUUGUGGCCUUCGGAUGCAACGCCUUCGGCCAAUUGGGACUCGGAAAUCGUACGAAGUUCUCCAGACCACAGCUCGUCCGUUUACCAACAAACAGCAUCUCGAUGAUCGCUGUCGGAUUUUUCCAGACAUAUGCGCUAUCAACCAAGCCAGCAUAUCGAAUCUAUACUUGGGGGUGCAAUCCUCAAAGUCUACGGCUUCAGGCUCAGUCGCAAAAAAGAUUUCGUCAACAGCAGCAAGGUUCAGGUAAUGCUAAUGGAAGCAAGGGUUCAUCAGAUGAUUCGUCUAAUCCGAUGGCGUACUUAAGUCCGUCACUCUUGUGUGAUUUGAGCCAUGGGGUGGCGUCAAUGUCGGCGGGAUAUAAUCACGUUGCAUUGGUAACGACAAGAGGCGAGCUACUCACAGCAGGCAGGAACUCUGAAGGCCAGCUUGGCCACGGACAUCGAAAAGAUAUUGCAACUCCAACGGCAAUAUCAUCCCUGGCUAAUCGGCAGAUGGUGUCGGUGGCAUGUGGUAAAGAUUUCACCCUAGCCGUGGACAAUACUGGCAAAGUUAUGGCCUGGGGUCAAAAUGAUUCAAGCCAGCUUGCGCUUAAAACCGUAAUACAUGUUAAGGAACCCGAGGCUACGAAUCGCGUGAUCAUGGUACGUACCGCCCGGCGAGUCAUCAAUAUACCCCAUGUACUGAAACAUGGUGAACUCAAGCCUGUACCCUGUUCGGGCCUUCCACCGGAGGUAGCUCAAGCCCAUAUUCCGAAUGUGGACAUCUCUGAGAUGGAGAUGUCUGCCCGCCAGAGGCUGUUCUUUGCGACACAUUCAGAGCGCCUGCUUAAUUGCCCUCCCCUUAGCCUUAUGGACCCCACUCCGUAUGUUGGUGGGGCAGCCCUCCACGCAACUUUGGCAAUCUUCCAUUCUUCGUACGAUUCAGCGUUAAUGCUUGAGCAUUGUGAUUCCUUGGGUGAUCACCAGGCAGCGGCCAAAAUCGCUCUCUUGGAGGGUAGGUUAACUAAGGCCCUUGAACAUCAGCUAAAGGCAGUGAAAAGGUGUAAAAACCCAAAAUCAUCUCUGAAAGAGGUGCUCGAUUAUUAUUGCAGUCGGGUAGAUGACACGAUGAGUUCAGAAAGCAUCAAAGCAUUCCUAAAUUUAGCCAUCACUGCGUGGAUUGAGAUGUUAUUCGAUGUAUCAGAACUAGAGGCGAUACUUACGACUCAUUUAGAUCGCAUAGGACUUGCAUUGGGACUGCUUCUAUUCUGUGACGCCAAGGCAGUGGCCGAAGUCUGUCUAGGUGUUGAGGGGGUCGCUGAGAACUUUUCUCCUGAGUUUAACGAACGUCUUAUGGACCUAGUCAACGGUGCUAUGAACUCGCCUGAAGGAGAUGUUGCCGCCUGUCAAGGAAUUAUUGAAGUUACUGGUUGUGGUAAAAUUCUAGACGAUAUUCGCCGAGAGGACGCGAUGACUACGUCUUCUUCGGAAAAGUUUCGCAAGAAGCUUGCAUCUCAGGUCCGCCAAAAAAUUAAGCAAAACUCUAUGCCACCUGCACCCAUUGUGGUCUCUUCACUGGACGCUAAACGUCUCGUUCAGGCUGCAGGUGGGCCCGCAGUGGUCUUCUCAUGUGGCCAUCAUGCCCCCUCGAGCCAAGUCGAACUUAGCUCUUUGGGGACCUCGUUGCCAUCCGACCAGCUGGAUCGGGUCACAUCUUUAUACGCUACACAAGGUCGUCCUAUUCCCUUAGCUUGUCCUUCUUGCGUCCUUGAGCGGUUGUCUUCGUCAAGCCUACACGAGGACUCUGCCACCUCUAUAUACGCAGCAGCGACCGCAGCAACUAACAGCACACCGGCGGCUAGCCAAUAGAUAAAUGUGUUGUAGGACUUAAUAUUUUUUUAACUUAAUGUAUGAGAUUUGCUUCUCGCUAAGCCCAAUAGAGCAGCAGAUUUAGGAAAAAACAGUGUUCGUGUCUGCAUAGGUCAUGCGCUAACGUGCUUCGAAUUGAUUCGGUCAAGUGAAUUGGGAUCUCUGUUGAUUCAGUCGAUUGUGAUAAUAGGCGGUUUGACUUUAUAAUAUAAUCCUUAACCCUGACAGAUUACCCUUAGACCCUUGGAGAGAUGCGCUCGCCUGCGAAUACAACGUUUUUAUUCUGUAGAGUAUGUAAGUGCUUGCCAGUUAUAAAAGACGGUGAGCAUUGAUUGUCAAGACUACAUUCGAAUUUCCGGCUCUAAUAUAAUAGCAGCACCUAGCACUCGCAUCCUGUUGUCGGGGGUUGAUUAUUUCUUAUUACACUACGCUUAAUAUCAUUGUUAUUAUCAAAAAUAAACUUUACAUGAAUCUGUACAAUAUAUAUAUAUAUAUAUAUAUAUAUAUAUAUAUAUAUAUAUAUAUAUAUAAAAAGAGAGACGCGAUAAUGAAAUAAAUGAGGAAUUGCAGUGUAAUAAUCGGUACUCCGUCAACUAUCAAAAAUCCCAUGUGCCUAGCAUUAACUUCGCACUGAGUUAGCCUAUUGACCAGCACGAUGGAUACUGCAGUAAUAGAACUUCUCCCUUCCGACCUAUAGUUAGAUCGAAAAGAAAUCCCUUGUUCACGUGCCAAGCAAUGCUCUAUAGUGACAUAUGUGAUAUGAUAGGGGAUGCGAUAUUGACCUGUGGUUACAUCUUCAUCAACAAAUGUGAAAACAGCUAAACAUGUUUAAAUACUCUAGUGCAAUCGAAGAUACUCUAUUAUUUGCGCUCUUGGUAUACAUAUAAGUAUAUAUUAUGUGCUACAUAUGAGAUAGAAAUAGACAUGUAGGUGGCAUUCAAUGUCUGGCAUGGUCACGUUCCCACGUUGGCACUACGAGAGCUGAAUUGUACUAUAAAUAGGUUUACAUACAUAGUAAACAAAGAAAUAAUAACAGAAAAUUACCAAAUAUACUAUAUGAUGAUAAUCACGAAAUAAUACAAAAAUAGUAAGAUGGUGCACACCAAUCAUGCCAAAAACAAAUGAUACUAUAUUUGUAUACACAUGUCUCCCUAUAUAUAUAUAUAUAUAUAUAUAUAUAUAUAUAUAUAUAUAUAUAUGAAGAUUUUUUAAUAAGUUAUUAUAUAUUAUCAAAAGAAGUAUAUGAGUAUCCAUCUGAUUUAGCCAAACCUGAACUAUAUAUGUCCAAGUGUAGCAUAGAUAGUAAAAAGUUGGAAUCUGCGUUUCUCGUAAGUAGUAUUAAGCGAUGACCAAAAUAAAUGUACUGCAGUAAUGUAUACAGUUAAAAUAUAGUGUUUUCAACGUAUCAGUCAACGCAACGGAAUAUAUAAAAUUACCGUAUUUAAUAUUUAGGGGACGAGAUUAGUUUGGCGUUAGCCCAUUCGUUGCAUCACUGAAAAUUGAAUCCCGCCAUUCUGGUUUGAAUGGAUUGUGACAAUGCACGAUUACCUUGCUAGAUGUAGACUUUUGGCAUUUUCCUACAUUGAAUAAACAAAACGAUUUUUCAUCUGGUUGAUCGUUUUGGAUACAGGGACUGAAAGCACGCAACAC